GCUAGUAAAAUAGGUAUUCGAUUUAGUAAUAAUAAACUUAUAAGGUUAUUAAGAUCUACGGUCGUUAGUACCCUAUUUAAUAAUAUUACUUUUUACGUUUUACUAAUUAAUACUCCUUUUUUAUAUUACUUAAAGGAUAUAGAUAAGCUAGGAGUAUAUUUUAAUAAUAUUAAUAACUUACUAAUUAAGGGAGACGUUAUAGUACUUAUUAUUCGUAAAUAG